GACCAAAUGAAAUUGUAAUUUGUUGACAUUGUGAUUUGAGGCUUGGUUUGUGUGUUGCUUUUACUAAUAGAUAAUAUUAGCUUUGUCUACUACUACUGUUAGGUUAACAUAUGUUAGGUUAUAAAACUUCCUUAAGUUAACAGUGUUUCUGUAAUUCUUUAUGACAGAAGGGUGAUCAUUUUUUUCAACCAUGCCGAGCUGGAGAAUUAACUCUACCAUUAAGCUAAUCACAUACACAAAUGAGCUAGUGGAUGGAAAACCGUUCAUUACUUCUUCGAAUUGUCUUCCUGUGAAGGCUUUAAACCGUGAACCAGCUGGUCACGCCUUCCACUCCGCAGCUCUCAAGCUCCACGGUUGUGCAGAGGAAGCUGAUGAUGAAGGUAGUGAUAAAAAGCCUGGAGAUGAUAAUAAUAAAGAGAAGGAGUAUGUUCCUUCAUUCAACUCAUAUUCCAACAAAGGAAAGAAGAAGUCCGGUACACAGCAACAAGACCACUACGCGUUAUUAGGUUUAAGCAACUUGAGGUAUCUUGCAACAGAAGAUCAGAUUAGGAAAAGUUACCGUGAAGCUGCGUUGAAGCAUCAUCCUGAUAAGAUGGCUAGUUUGCUUCUAGCGGAAGAGACUGAAGAAAGUAAAGAGGCUAAAAAGGAGGAGAUUGAGUCAAGAUUUAAAGGGAUUCAAGAAGCUUAUGAGGUGUUGAUGGAUCCAAUAAAGAGAAGGAUUUUUGACUCUACUGAUGAGUUUGAUGACGAGGUGCCAAAUGAUUGCUCGCCUCAGGACUUUUUUAAAGUGUUUGGUCCUGCUUUUAAGAGGAACGCUAGGUGGUCUGUGAAUCAGCGUAUACCUGAUUUGGGAGAUGAGAACACAAAGCUUAAAGAUGUUGAUAAGUUCUAUAACUUUUGGUAUGGUUUCAAGAGUUGGAGGGAGUUUCCUGAUGAAGAGGAGCAUGAUCUUGAACAAGCGGAUUCGCGUGAGGAAAGGAGGUGGAUGGAGAAGGAGAAUGCGAGAGCAACGGCCAAGGCUAGAAAGGAGGAGCAUGCUAGGAUCAGGACUCUUGUUGACAAUGCGUAUAGGAAAGAUCCGAGGAUUGUGAAGAGAAAAGAGGAAGAGAAGGCUGAGAAGCAACAGAAGAAAGAGGCAAAGCUUAUGGCUAAGAAGAAGCAGGAAGAGGAAGCUGCUAUUGCUGCUGAAGAAGAGAAAAGGAGGAAAGAAGAAGAGGAGAAGCGAGCUGUGGAAUCUGCACAACAGCAAAAGAAAGCUAAGGAGAAGGAGAAGAAGCUCAUACGCAAAGAACGGAGCAGGCUUAGAACUCUCUCAGCUCCUGUAGUGUCUCAGCGCCUGCUUGACAUCUCCGAGGAAGAUAUAGAGAAUCUAUGCAUGUCACUUAACUUAAACCAGUUGCAGAAGCUCUGUGAUAAGAUGGGAGACAAAGAAGGGGUUGAGUUAGCAAAGGUGGUUAAAGAUGUUUGCAGCAACAACCACGAAGAAGCCAACUCUAAAGAGAAAGAAAGUGAGAAAACAAACGGUGGCACAGAGCCUAGUAACGGAAUAUCUCAGUUAACUCAGAAGAAACAGCAACCAUGGAGCAAGGAAGAGAUUGAUAUGUUGAGAAAAGGAGUGAUUAAAUAUCCAAAAGGAACAUCACGGAGAUGGGAAGUUAUAUCAGAGUACAUAGGUACAGGAAGAUCCGUAGAGGAGAUUCUGAAAGCAACCAAGACGGUUCUUCUCCAAAAACCUGACUCUGCCAAAGCGUUUGAUUCAUUCCUGGAGAAGAGGAAACCUACUGUUUCAAUAGCCUCCCCUCUUUCCACAAGGGAGGAGCUCGGAGAAUCUCUACCAAAGGCAGAACCAGCAUCUACAGAGACUGUUGUGGGUAAAAGCUCAGACAACAAUGGUGAAGCAAGUGGAAGUUCAGACACAGAUGGUUGGUCGGCUGUACAAGAAAGAGCUUUGGUUCAAGCUUUGAAGACAUUCCCUAAAGAGACAAGUCAAAGAUGGGAGAGAGUAGCUGCUGCUGUUCCUGGUAAAACGGUGAUUCAAUGCAAGAAGAAGUUUGCAGAGCUUAAGGAACUCAUCAGAAGCAAGAAAACUGGAGUCUAA